AAUGGAAUCUAUGGUAGUUUUUUGUUGUUUUUCUCUUUGGUGACACGUAAAUGGGUUUCGUUCAUCAAUCUUGUUUCUUCAAAUAGGACGCUGUUUCUAUUAUGAAUCGAUAAAGUGAAGAACUAGCUCAAAAGUUGCAUUAUCAAUCUAUGUUCUGUUCUCAAUACUUGCAAGACGCUUAUUUAGCCCCUUCACUCCACGUUUUGUUUAUGCAGAGCGAUGAGAAGUAGUUUUGAAUAAUCAAACAACACAUGGCGAUCGACGAGGAGUCUAUUUCAGCAUUUACUACUGCGAUGCAACCCAAAAAGCGGCUGAGAAAGAGUUUUCUUUCUGACAAUUGUGAAUUGUAUACUUUUACGUAAGUAAUAUUGUUUUGUUUACCGAAAAUACCACACAAGCAGGUUCCCUAGGAAGAUUCAGUUAAUGGGGCAAUCGCUGAUCCCGCUAGUCUAGACUUUUUCUUUUUUUUUUUUGUAUUUCAAAACGAAAAUAUGCUGCGCCCCCCCCCAAAAAAUAGCGUGACGUCAUUUAUGGCUGCCCUAUUAACGAUUUUUGCCUUUGUGCCUUUGACACAUUUUGGCCUUUUUUUAAAAGCUAGCAAUAAUGGCUGUACUAAUGGUGAGAUCUAAGUGAAUCUACGUCGUUUCUUUUGUAAAAGUAGUGACUAGUGAGAAAACCUAGUAAAAAAAUUAAGAAAAUUCAAUGAUCCGCGUUUUAUUAUUAUUUUUGGCAGCACUGCAUUCGGCGACAACAGCUGUUUGCCGGUCGGUAGUGUCAAAUGUGCAAGAAAGAAGUAAAUAAACACAAUAACAAAUGCAAAGUGACUGGCCGAGUUCAAAAAAACGUCUCUCUGAACCAUUUAUCUCUAAUGAAAGCAUUGCCUGCAUCUGGAAUGCGGUUCUGUGUUCUUCCAUUAUGUUUUGGAGAAGGAUGAGGGGAGCGAAAGACGACGAAGGAAAUAUAUUCCAGUUUUCCUUUUGUUUCUCGAUUUUACUAGUCAAUAUUACUUUUUGCUACGUACUUUCCAAUUUUCGCCAUAAAGAGAAACUUCAGGUGGCGUUAUUCCUGAAAUAUGGGUUUGUUACUUCAACACUGGUCUAUAUUGUAUCGAUUUUAUUUGGAGCACCUCUCCUCAAAGACUGGGAUCAAACAAUUUCAUUUUCCAUGCUGCUAAGUGCCCUUAUCCUACCAUCUGUUGCUGCUUGUGGCAAACUUGGGAACUUCUUCAACUUUUCUUUGUAUUUGAUGGGGACAAAUGAAUUGUUUACUUGUUUUGGCGCUUGGCUGGGAGCGUUCGUGAUUCCGUUAGACUGGGAUUGUUCUUGGCAGGUAUGGCCCGAGCCGGUGGCAGUCGGGGCGGUCCUGGGCUGCGGUUUGAGUAGUUUGCUGAAAUUAAUGAGGCCAGCAAUGACGAUAACUUGGGCUGGAUAUAAGAUGUAUUGGCCUACCAAUUUUUUUGUACAUGAACGGCAUGUUUGAAAACGAAAUGGAACUAGAUGAGAAAAACUGCAUAUGUGGAACUACAUUAACGUACGUGAUUCAUAGUAGCGGCCGCUCUUUCAUAGCGGUUGGCCGCUCUUCCGCGGCCGGCAGGCUGCCCACGUUUAAAGGAAGCCUAGGCCGAGGAGUACACCAUAAUACACACGUACGUUGGCCUAAGCUUACACGUACUUUGGACUAGGCUUCCUUAAACGUGGGCGGCCUGCCGGCCGCGUAAGAAUACACACAUAAGAAUACACACAUUUGUUACCCUCUGCUCCGUGAUAACAAUAACAGAAAAGGACAAAUCAUCCCGAUCACACAUCACAUUCAAAUUAGUUCCCUGCCAUGAUAUCAAUACACAGUCCGCAUCGUC